ACCGUCGUUGUUCGACGUGAACUCUUUUCAAUGUGACACAAAAACAAUCAUGGCCGCACAUUUCCUGGAGCUAACAAGCUAACGUUUAACCAGUGUACUUUACUGAGUGUUUUGCGGCAAAUAUUAACACAGCUGUCAUUUGCAGUGAAGUUACGAUAACUGUGUGGUCAAAAGUGUUAAACUGGGCUUUUUUUCUUGUGUCGUAACUCCGCGUUAGCUAGAAUGCUAACAUGAUGUUUGGAGAUGACACAACAGCAUCCAUGUACAGUCAGUGCCAAAAGAACGGCGAUCAAACCAGCCCCAUCAGCGUCAUUCUGGUCAGCUCCGGUAGCCGAGGCAACAAGUUACUGUUCCGGUAUCCUUUCCAAAGAGGAGCCGAGUGUCCAUCGGCUCUCGCAGCAAAACAGCGAAGUCCAUACGCUCUGAACACAACUGGUGAUGGUGUUGAAGAUCAGGAUGGUGAUUCAAGGGAACAUUCUCCACUAACUGAUGAACAGUUGGUAGCAGGGUUCUCUGACAUAAUCCUUGCCACCAUCCUGGCUACCAAAUCUGAUAUGUGUGGAAAGAAGUUUGAGCUGAAGAUUGACAAUGUUUGUUUUGUGGGUCACCCUACGCUUCUUCAGCAUCCUCCCAUCAUUCAGGUUUCUAAAACAGAUCCUUCACCGAAGAGAGAAAUGCCCACCAUGAUCUUAUUCAAUGUGGUUUUUGCACUGAGGGCCAAUGCUGACCCAUCAGUCAUCAGCUGUAUGCACAACCUUUCUCGGCGUAUUGCCAUCGCCCUGCAGCAUGAGGAGUGGCGCUGUCAGUACCUGACCAGAGAGGCAAAGCUGAUGCUCGCCCUCCAGGAUGAAAUUACCACCACAACUGAGAUGGAUGGAAGCCCGCAGUCCCCCUUUAGGCAAAUUCUUCCCAAAUGUAAAUUAGCGAGGGACCUGAAGGACGCAUAUGACAGCCUUUGUACAACUGGUGUCGUGCGGCUGCAUAUUAACAACUGGCUUGAGGUGAUGUUCUGUUUACCCCAUAAGAUCCACAGGAUUGGUGGAAACUACAUCCCACCAGAGGCAUUAGAGCGCAGCCUUAAGGCCAUAAGGCCCUAUCAUGCUUUGCUGCUGCUGGAAAGUGAGAAGGCUCUGCUGAACCAGCUUCCUCUGGAUUGCUCACCUGCUAUGGUGCGCCUUAUCAAAACAUGCUCGGCGGUGAAAAACCUGCAGCAGCUCGCACAGGAUGCAGACCUGGCUCUGCUUCAGAUUUUCCAAAUUGCUGCUCACUUGGUGUAUUGGGGUAAAGCAAUCAUCAUCUACCCACUGUGUGAGAACAAUGUCUACAUGCUGUCUCCUCACGCUGACAUCUGCCUCUACUCACCACUGGCUGAACAGUUCUCAAAGCAGUUUCCUGGUAACGAUCUGCCCUCCAUGUUAGCCAAAUUUUCACUGCCUGUGUCGCUGGCUGAGUUCAGAAACCCGCUGGAGGCUCCGGUGCAGGAGGCCCAGCUAAUCCAAAUGGUGGUUUGGAUGCUUCAGCACCGCCUCUUGAUCCAGCUGCACACUUACGUCUGCCUGCUGGUGCCCCCAAGUGAGGAUGAGCUUGGUAUGAAGGAUGAAGACCUGCCAUUGGCUGCUCGCAUAGGCGGCCGCAGUCUCAGCACCCCAAGCGCUCUCAGCUUUGGUUCCCCAACCAGCAGCGAUGACAUGACCCUCACCAGUCCCAGUAUGGACAACUCCAGUGCAGAGCUGCUGCCCGGUGGAGAUUCUCCUCUCAACAAGAGGAUGACGGAGACGCUGCUCACCAGCCUAUCCGAGUACGAGAGGCAGUUCAUUCUCAACGUCCCUGCUGCACAAAAUCCAGAGGACCUGCGGAUGUUCGCAAGGCUGCUGCAUUAUUUCCGUGGACAUCACCACCUGGAGGAGAUUAUGUAUAAUGAGAACAUGAGGCGCUCUCAUCUGAAGACACUGUUUGACAAGUUUCGCAGCGUCCUUGUGGUGACCAACCACGAGGACCCCAUUAUUUCCAUAUUUCAUUCACCCAUGGAGUAAAAGCACAAAGACUUGACCAGCACUAACCUACUGGAAGAAAAAAAAAACAGUGAGAGUGGUGCAUCACCUGCUGUUCUCACAGUGAACUGAACAAUUUAUGAACUGAUAAUGGUCAGUAAUGUUACACACUGAAGGUCUCCUUUUUGAGCCAAACAUUGAUUGUUUACAGGAUUAAAUUAUUUUCUAUG